CAUCAAUGUUUUCAGAGAGGCGCACGUUAGCUUGCAUGCACAGGAACAACACAGUGCUUUUGAAUCGGUGUGCACCUUAGGAGGAGCAGCAGGUCCACCACGAAUGUGAGGGGAACCACCGAAAUGAUUGACUGAUCCAUCCAAUUCCAACCGUUCUCAGACGACAAAGCGUACGUUAGCACCCGACCAGCUCUGUCUUAAUGCUCCAGCACCCACAACAAAACUAGGCACCCACGAUCUAAUUUCAUUUUGGGGUCGCAAAAUCUUGCCAAAGUUGCAACCUUUUUCUGGUUUUGAUUCGGAAAGAGAAAGUGGGCAAUGGUGGGAUGAGGAUAGAAGGGGAACAGAAGAAAAAGAGAAGGAAAUGGCGAGAGGGGAGUGGAGGCUUCAACUUCACCAAAGAGGGAACUGGAAUUGUUCCUGCACGAAAAUAACUCUUCUAGUUUGUUUUUUCAACAUUGUUAUUGCUCUCUACACUCUUCGCUCUCUCUAUGCUUCUCUUUAUAUCUACUCUGAUAGCGUUGCACGAAACAGUAAGUCAUUUGCGGUGUAUAAGCCAGAUCAGGUUCGAAAGAUGGAAGAGUCUAACCGAAUCAGGAAGGAUUACAAACCGGCGGAAUUAGUGAAAUUGGUGGAGGAAUUAGAAGGAGAGUUUUCAAGAGAAAAUGUGGUGGUUGAGUUGCCACGGCAUUUGAAACAGAAAAUAAUUGAUGAGGUUAUGCAGAAACUAGUUAGCUUGAAGGGAAACCACGACAAUGUCUCCCACUCCCAGGUCAUGGCUAAGGAGCGAGAAGCAGUUGAAAAUUGGCGCAAACAAAAAUUGGAAGAAGUUAAGUUGGCUGUUGUCAAAGGGACUUCCAACUCAAUCAUUCCACAUGAAGAGGAAGGAAUGCUAAUAAGAGCUUUGGAUUCUGAUUGGGCUGUGGUUUCUGAAGAAAUUGGCCUUUGGAUACCUGUUGAGGUUGCUAAUGAAGAACAUAAUGACAAACCUGAGGGUGAGACAGAGAUAGAGGAGGAAGUUCUUCCUGGCAGGCCCCUUCCACCUGAAUGCAAUACUGAACUUCAUACGGAUUAUGGUGGCACCGCCGUGAGAUGGGGUCUUACUCAUCACAAAGAUAGUGCAGCUGAUUGCUGUCAUGCUUGCUUGGACCAGGCUAAACAUGCAAAGGAAAGUGAAAAGAAAUGCAAUAUUUGGGUUUAUUGCCCAUCACAAUAUGGGUGUCAUUCACCAGAUAUCUAUCAGCACAAAUAUCAGGAAUGCUGGCUCAAAUAUGCUGAGAAACCCAAACUAAAUUUUAAAGAUAAGUAUCCUGAAUGGUAUCGAAAUUCGCACCCAAAUGCACCAUUGGUGGUUCCAUGGGCCUCUGGAAUUGUCAGCACAUGAGAUAAACAAUCAAAGUAACAUGAUCAAAUAGAGUGCGGACCUACCUUGUAGAUUGCAGACACUCAAAGCUGGCUUUGACAUGCUUUGUGGAUUGUAGUGUUUGUUCUUCAUGUUUAUGCCUUUAACAUCAAUGGUUGAAAUGGAAAUGAAAGAGUUCCCCCUAAUGGUCAUUUACAUAUUUAAGACUUAGUUUCCGCCUCAUUGCCAAGGAUUUUUCCCUCAAGACCAGUCUAAGACUGAGGUGGGGUGAAUUAGAUUUGUUUGUUUUAAUUCUUAGAUAGAUUCUUAGAUGAUGAUGUAAUGGGAUUUGUAACCACAAAGUGUUGGAUGAUGAGUUGUAGAUUCUUGGUCAAAUAUUUGGUUCCUGUGACAGUGCUGGGAAGUGUUGUUUUCCUGUUGAGUCUUCACCAAAAGGUGAAGCUAACAUGCACUAACUGAUGAGGAAUUUUUGUUGUUGUGAGGUAUCUGAAAUCAUAAUUCACUUGUAUCUGAGAUUUAUAAUGUUGUUCA